UGCGUAGGUCAAUGUGCCCUUCCACACGUGUGUCUCUGUCAUACAUCACACUCACAGGCACUAAGAGCAGUGGUAGUGAAGGAGAGUCAAACUCGUUUUUACUCAUUCGUCCGUUACGCUUUAAUAUUCCCGUAGUCAUGCUGAAGUCGGUUGUCAGAGCGGUUGGAACCGCUGUCCGCAUUUCAUCAGCCACCGCGUCCACAGCGCGAGCUCUGCCGCUCAGCUGCCCGACUCUGUGCUCUCCGACAUCGGCCACAGCUCGGCCCUUCACCCGGUCUCUGUGGAUGCUUAACAGCAGCAACGGAGCCUCGUCAGGAUACAGGCCGAAACUGUUCAGCUCCAGAGUGCUUCAGCCCUCGGUGUCGUGUGGAUGUGGAGGACUGCACACAGAAGGUGACAAGGCAUUUGGUGACUUCCUCACUGAUGAAAUCAAAGAAGAGGUGAAGAUCCAGAAAAACAAAAGUCUUCCUAAGAUGUCUGGAGGAUGGGAGCUGGAGAUGAAUGGCACAGAGGCAAAGCUCAAAAAAAGUGUCUCUGGAGAAAAAAUCUCUGUUACAUUUAACACCAACAACAGCAUUCCUCCUAACUUUGAGGAAGAGGCAGAACAAGGACAGCAGAAGUCAGGAGAAGAAGAACCGGAAAUUAUAUCAGCACCUAAUUUUGUCAUUGAAGUAACAAAACAGGCUGCAAAACAUUCCCUGGUGUUUGACUGCCAUUUUCCUGAAGACGAGAUGAGUCAUGGUGAAGGAGAGGAUGAGAGUGACAUCUUUGCCAUUCGUGAGGUCAGUUUCCAGGCCGAGGGAGAUACAGAGUGGAAGGAGACCAGCUAUACUCUCAACACCGACUCCCUGGACUGGGCCCUUUAUGACCAUUUGAUGGACUUCCUGGCUGACCGCGGGAUUGACAACACCUUCGCCGACGAACUGAUGGAGCUGAGCACGUCCAUCGAGCAUCAAGAAUACAUCAAGUUCCUGGAAGAGCUCCAAGGCUUUGUCAAAUGUAAAUAAAGUUAGAUAUUGGCUAAAUGUCACUCGUAUUUAAUACACGUCCUGGCAAAGUUGGACUUCAGCUGAUCCAUUGAGACUCGAGCAAAUGUUGCAGCACUGAAUGAUUGAAUUGCUCGCCACUAAAGAGACUGGCGAUAGUUUGUGACGGUAAGUCUUGUCACAAAGACCACACUGCAAACGUGUUUCCUUCAUUAAAAUGUGACUCUAUUUUUCUGUAAGUUAAACCGGUUAGGUAUGUUAAUUAAUAAAUUAAUAUAUGAAGGCCAUCAACAUGUAGAGACCCUCAUUAAGAAAUAGCUUAAUUCCUGUCUUAAUUGCAGUGGUUCAAUAUGGUCCACUUAUUUUUGAAAGUGUAAUUUCCCUAAAACCAGUCAUUGGGAGGAUUACGAUCAAAAACACCAAAAUAUUCAACAGUUUUCAAAAAAUCCCUCCUUGUCUAAAUGUGUGUCCCGGCUUCUGUUAAUCCUGCUGUGCUUUGUACAGGAGUUCAUGUGAUGAUUCAUAGUAAUACAACUCUGUAUGACCAGAACUGUCUAAAUUUGGUUGGUUUAUCUAAGUGUGUAGACGGAAGGGAAAGUUUGUCGAUUAAAACAGUUUGAUAUAAA